CAGUUCCAUUAAUCCUAUACCCUGAUCAUCUAUCAACCAAAGAAGAAAGAAGAGAGAAGAGAGAAGAGAGAAGGGAGAAAAGAGAAGAGAAUUUCCAAGUUUCAGAGAAAGAAAAUGGGGUGCAAGUCCUGUGAGAAACCAAAGCAGAGACACAGAAAAGGGCUAUGGUCACCUGAAGAAGAUGAGAAGCUAAGGAAUUAUAUCAUCCAAUACGGCCAUGGCUGCUGGAGCUCCGUUCCUCUCAAAGCCGGUUUGCAAAGGAGCGGGAAGAGUUGCAGACUAAGGUGGAUUAACUACUUGAGACCUGGUUUGAAGCGCGGGGUUUUCACAGCACAAGAGGAGGAGACAAUCUUGGCCCUCCAUCACAUGUUAGGCAAUAAGUGGUCUCAGAUAGCUCAGCAUUUACCGGGAAGAACAGAUAAUGAGAUCAAGAACUACUGGAAUUCCUACCUGAAGAAGAAGGUUGUGAAAGCUGAAGCUUUGGGAGCUCAAAGUAGCAGUUCCCAGUCUCUAAUGGAGUCCACACCUACACCAACACAUCCAACCACCCAAAUCACAAGUUUGGAUUCUUUCAAACUCAUGAGAGACUCUCCUACUAAUACAGACCAAUCCGUUCCACAGAUUUUCGAGUUUCAAAGUCACCCUCUUAAAGAAACAACACAGAGCUCCCUCCCCAAGCUUUUAUUCGCCGAGUGGUUCACCUUAGAUCACAUUAACGGCCGGAGCAGCUUCGUCAGCCCUAGCGAAACGGUGGUUCCCGGAGAGAACUCAAACGAUUUAAGCAUAGAUGAUGAUUCAUUUAUCAGUCACAAUUUAUUGCACUUUGAUGGACCGUUUGGUGGUGAUGAUCAUGACGACUUCCAUAAUGUUUUCGGCAAUGGCUCCGCCGCCGUCGGCCUCGGUGCCGAUGAGAAAUUCGUUCCUCAGUUCGAAUCCAUCCCCGGAAAUGGGUUCUCGGAUUUUGUUUCUGUUGGACAGAGUUGCAUUAACGAUUUCAGCCUGGUCCAUGAUAUGAUCUAUACAGAUUGAAGGAGAACAAAAGUGUUAUUAAAAUGUUAAUUGUUGAUUUUUUUUUUUUUCUUUUAUGUUAAAUCAUCAAUUGUUGUUGUUCAUAUUUCAUACGAGGUUCGUUACUUAAAGAUGUGAAUAUAAAAAUUAAUUUGGUUUUUGGAGUCAA